CUUGGGGAAAAGAAAAAAGGAGGAAAAAAAAAAAAAGCCUGGGCUGUGAAGCUGUCAAACCGGGCAUGCUCAGUAGACAGGGCAGGUUUUUUGGUCUCGAGUAGCGGAGAAACAUUUUUUGCACAACCGCGACCAGCCUUAGAGCGCGGCGGCGGCGGCCAGGGCAACAUCAGCACAGCCAUCAGCGGUGCAGACGCCCGGCACCAAGCCGCGCGGUGAGCUCCAGCUCAGCCUGGAGUUCACCUCCCAGUGCCCAGGAGGCUUGUCUUACCCCUUCUGAUUUCUCUGUGUCUCUCUCCCUGUGUGUCUCUCUCUGUCUCUUUCAGUUUCUCUCUCUGUGUCUCUCUCUGUCCCUGUAUCUCUGUCUCCUCUGAAUCUCUCUCUGUCUCUCUCUCUCUGUCUCUCUCUCUGUCUCUCUCUCUCUCUCUCUCUCUCUCUCACACACACACACACACACACACACACACACACACACACACACACACUCACAUAUACACAUUAUCUUGAAGAAGAAGAAAACCAACCCCCAAGCAAACACCCUCCUGGCAGCGAUCUUCCACUGGCACCACAGUAGCCAGGUUCGGUUCCUGCCCCCAAGCGACCGCGGGCAGAGAGCUCCGCCGCCGCCAGCUGGAGGAGAGCGAUGCGGGGGCCCGAGCGGCAGCUCGAACAGUAAUGUGGAUUUACAGUCAUUUCCCGCAGGAACCAGCAAAGACGCCCUAAGUCCACUGCACUUACAGCACCCGGCAGAGCUGAGUACCUGGCAAAGAGGCGGGGGACCGCACCUGAGGACACCACUGAAACUUGCGUCUGGACUAGGAAUUACAAGUGUGACUUUUGUUCUGCUUAACUUCUCAUCUGGAUCUAACAAGGUACAUUUUAUGAUUGGCCAUUACAGCAAAUAUAGCUACGGAGUGCGCAAGCUACUUUGUCGAUGAGAUCACUGGAAUGCAGAAAGUAUAAGAAAUUUUAUAAGGACUGCUUUCAUUAAAGAACAUCCUUAUCCUUUUUUCAUGAAACUCAGCUUGCUUAAUCAGAGAUGGAGCAAACAGACUGCAAACCUUAUCAGCCUCUGUCCAAAGUCAAGCAUGAAAUGGAUCUAGCUUAUACCAGUUCUUCUGAUGAGAGUGAAGAUGGGAGAAAACCAAGGCAGUCAUUCAACUCCAGAGAAACUCUGCAUGAGUAUAACCAGGAGCUGAGGAGGAAUUACAAUAGCCAGAGUCGAAAGAGGAAAGAUGUGGAGAAAUCUACUCAAGAGAUAGAAUUCUGUGAAACACCUCCUACUUUGUGCUCUGGCUACCAGACAGACAUGCACAGUGUUUCUCGGCAUGGCUACCAGCUGGAGAUGGGAUCUGAUGUGGACACAGAGACAGAAGGUGCUGCAUCACCUGACCAUGCACUCAGAAUGUGGAUAAGAGGCAUGAAGUCAGAACAUAGUUCCUGUCUGUCCAGCAGGGCCAACUCUGCAUUGUCCUUGACUGACACUGACCAUGAACGGAAGUCUGAUGGGGAAAAUGGUUUUAAAUUCUCUCCUGUUUGUUGUGAUAUGGAGGCUCCAGCUGAUUCUGCUCAAGACAUGCAAAGCAGCCCACACAACCAGUUCACCUUCAGGCCACUCCCACCACCGCCACCUCCUCCACAUGCCUGCACCUGUGCCAGGAAGCCACCUCCUACAGUGGACUCUCUUCAAAGAAGGUCGAUGACUACCCGCAGCCAGCCCAGUCCAGCUGCUCCUGCUCCUCCAACCAGCACACAGGAUUCAGUUCAUCUGCAUAACAGCUGGGUCUUGAACAGUAACAUACCACUGGAGACCAGGCAUUUCCUGUUCAAACAUGGAUCUGGUUCCUCUGCUAUCUUCAGUGCAGCCAGUCAGAACUACCCUCUGACUUCCAAUACUGUCUACUCACCACCUCCCAGGCCACUGCCUCGAAGCACGUUUUCCCGACCUGCCUUCACGUUUAACAAACCGUAUAGAUGCUGCAACUGGAAGUGUACAGCCUUGAGUGCCACUGCAAUCACAGUGACGUUGGCCUUGUUACUAGCCUAUGUAAUUGCAGUACACUUGUUUGGCCUGACGUGGCAGUUGCAACCAGUUGGACAGAUCUAUGCGAAUGGAAUUAGCAAUGGGAACCCAGGGACCGAGUCUAUGGAUACUACUUACUCUCCCAUUGGAGGAAAAGUUUCUGACAAAUCAGAGAAAAAAGUGUUUCCGAAGGGACGAGCAAUUGACACAGGGGAAGUUGACAUUGGAGCACAGGUCAUGCAGACCAUUCCCCCUGGCUUGUUUUGGCGUUUCCAGAUUACUAUCCACCAUCCUAUAUAUCUGAAAUUCAAUAUUUCUUUAGCCAAGGACUCUCUGCUGGGAAUUUAUGGCAGAAGAAACAUUCCACCUACACACACUCAGUUUGAUUUUGUGAAAUUAAUGGAUGGCAAGCAACUGGUGAAACAGGACUCUAAGAGCUCAGAUGACAUCCAGCACUCCCCAAGGAAUCUGAUCCUAACAUCACUCCAGGAGACAGGUUUCAUAGAGUACAUGGACCAAGGACCUUGGUAUCUGGCAUUUUACAAUGAUGGAAAGAAGAUGGAGCAAGUGUUUGUGCUAACUACAGCAAUUGAAAUAAUGGAUGACUGUUCAACCAAUUGUAAUGGAAAUGGAGAGUGUAUCUCUGGGCAUUGUCAUUGUUUCCCAGGAUUCCUUGGACCUGACUGUGCUAGAGAUUCAUGCCCUGUGCUGUGCGGCGGAAAUGGCGAAUAUGAAAAAGGCCACUGUGUCUGCAGGAAUGGCUGGAAAGGGCCUGAGUGUGAUGUUCCAGAAGAACAGUGCAUUGACCCAACCUGCUUUGGCCAUGGUACCUGCAUCAUGGGAGUUUGCAUCUGUGUUCCAGGCUACAAAGGAGAAAUCUGUGAGGAAGAGGACUGCUUAGAUCCAAUGUGUUCCAGUCAUGGCAUCUGUGUCAAAGGAGAAUGUCAUUGUUCUACUGGCUGGGGUGGAGUCAACUGUGAAACGCCUCUUCCUAUAUGUCAAGAGCAGUGCUCUGGACACGGAACUUUUCUUCUGGACACUGGAGUUUGCAGCUGUGAUCCCAAAUGGACAGGAUCUGACUGCUCUACAGAGCUCUGUACCAUGGAGUGUGGUAGCCAUGGAGUCUGCUCAAGGGGAAUAUGCCAAUGUGAAGAAGGUUGGGUAGGACCAACAUGUGAGGAACGUUCCUGUCACUCUCACUGUGCUGAGCAUGGUCAGUGCAGAGACGGAAAAUGUGAGUGUAGCCCUGGAUGGGAGGGCGACCACUGCACAAUUGCUCACUACUUAGAUGCUGUUCGAGAUGGCUGUCCAGGGCUCUGCUUUGGAAAUGGACGAUGUACCCUGGAUCAAAAUGGUUGGCACUGUGUGUGUCAGGUUGGUUGGAGUGGAACAGGCUGCAACAUUGUCAUGGAAAUGCUUUGUGGCGACAACUUGGACAAUGAUGGAGAUGGUUUGACGGACUGUGUGGACCCCGAUUGUUGUCAACAAAGCAACUGUUAUGUAAGCCCACUCUGUCAGGGCUCACCAGACCCUCUUGACCUCAUCCAACAAAGCCAGCCCCUCUUCUCUCAGCACACUUCAAGACUCUUCUAUGAUCGAAUCAAAUUUCUUAUUGGCAAGGAUAGUACUCAUGUCGUUCCUCAAGAGAUCUCAUUUGACAGCAGGCGUGCCUGUGUGAUUCGAGGCCAAGUAGUGGCAGUAGAUGGAACCCCUCUUGUGGGAGUCAAUGUCAGUUUCUUGCAUCACAGUGACUAUGGCUUUACCAUCAGUCGGCAGGAUGGAAGCUUUGACCUCGUAGCCAUUGGUGGUAUCUCUGUAGUCUUAAUCUUUGAACGAUCACCUUUCCUGUCUGAAAAGAGAACGCUCUGGUUGCCCUGGAAUCAGUUUAUUGUGGUGGAGAAAGUGAUCAUGCAGAGAAUUGUAGCAGACCCACCAUCCUGUGAUAUUUCCAACUUCAUCAGCCCAAAUCCUAUUGUACUUCCUUCACCACUCACCUCAUUUGGAGGAUCCUGUCCAGAAAGGGGAACUAUUGUCCCUGAGCUGCAGGUUGUACAGGAGGAAAUCCCCAUUCCAUCCAGCUUCGUGAGGCUGAGUUACCUGAGCAGUAGAACACCUGGGUAUAAAACUUUGCUGAGGAUCCUUUUGACACACUCAACAAUUCCUGUGGGCAUGAUUAAAGUACACCUCACAGUAGCUGUGGAAGGCAGACUCACACAGAAGUGGUUUCCUGCUGCAAUUAAUCUCGUCUAUACAUUUGCUUGGAACAAGACCGACAUCUAUGGACAGAAGGUUUGGGGCCUUGCAGAAGCUUUGGUGUCUGUGGGAUAUGAAUAUGAGAUGUGCCCUGAAUUUAUUCUCUGGGAACAAAGGACAGUCGUUUUGCAGGGCUUUGAGAUGGAUGCGUCUAACCUAGGAGGCUGGUCCUUGAAUAAGCAUCAUAUUUUUAAUCCUCAAAGUGGAAUCAUUCAUAAAGGAAAUGGGGAAAAUAUGUUCAUUUCCCAGCAGCCCCCAGUCAUAGCUACCAUAAUGGGCAAUGGACACCAAAGGAGUGUAGCCUGCACUAACUGCAAUGGUCCAGCCCACAACAACAAACUCUUUGCUCCUGUCGCCUUAGCUUCUGGCCCUGAUGGUAGUGUGUACGUUGGUGACUUCAAUUUUGUAAGGCGGAUAUUUCCUUCAGGAAACUCCGUUAGCAUUUUAGAAUUAAGAUCCACUGCCCCUCCAUUUCCUCUUCAGAAAAGAACAGGCUUCAAAGAGAUGACAGCCAAACAGAACAAAACAAGAUACAAUAAGACAAGAAACAGAGAUACCAGACAUAGCACAAGUCCUGCGCACAAGUACUAUCUGGCUAUGGACCCUAUGUCUGAAUCGCUCUACCUGUCAGACACCAAUACUCGAAAAGUCUACAAACUGAAAUCGCUCGUGGAAACAAAAGAUCUCUCUAAGAAUUUUGAAGUGGUAGCAGGAACAGGUGACCAGUGCCUUCCCUUUGACCAAAGUCACUGCGGAGACGGUGGCAAAGCCUCAGAAGCUUCACUGAACAGCCCUCGAGGCAUCACAGUAGAUAGGCACGGAUUCAUUUACUUUGUGGAUGGGACUAUGAUCCGAAGAAUUGAUGAGAAUGCUGUGAUCACAACUGUAAUUGGCUCGAACGGUCUGACUUCCACACAGCCAUUGAGCUGUGACUCUGGAAUGGACAUCACUCAGGUGCGAUUGGAGUGGCCAACAGACCUUGCAGUCAAUCCCAUGGACAAUUCAUUGUAUGUCCUGGAUAACAACAUUGUGCUGCAAAUUUCUGAGAACAGGCGUGUGCGGAUCAUUGCAGGGCGUCCCAUUCACUGCCAGGUGCCCGGCAUCGAUCAUUUCUUGGUCAGCAAAGUAGCAAUUCACUCUACUCUGGAGUCAGCCAGGGCCAUCAGCGUCUCCCACAGCGGGCUGCUCUUCAUCGCUGAAACAGACGAGAGGAAAGUGAACCGCAUUCAGCAAGUGACCACCAAUGGGGAGAUCUCCAUCAUCGCUGGUGCUCCCACUGACUGUGACUGUAAAAUUGAUCCCAACUGUGACUGUUUUUCAGGUGACGGUGGCUACGCCAAAGAUGCAAAGAUGAAAGCCCCUUCCUCUUUAGCAGUGUCACCUGAUGGCACCCUCUAUGUAGCAGACCUUGGCAAUGUUCGAAUCCGUACCAUUAGCAAGAAUCAAGCCCACCUGAAUGAUAUGAACCUUUAUGAGAUUGCCUCUCCUGCUGACCAAGAACUCUACCAGUUCACCGUCAAUGGAACUCACCUACAUACCAUGAACUUGAUAACCAGGGACUAUGUUUAUAACUUCACCUACAACGCCGAAGGUGAUUUGGGCGCGAUCACUAGCAGCAAUGGCAAUUCAGUGCAUAUACGCCGGGAUGCAGGCGGGAUGCCUCUGUGGCUUGUGGUGCCUGGUGGACAAGUCUACUGGCUUACCAUAAGUAGCAAUGGAGUCCUGAAAAGAGUCUCAGCCCAAGGCUACAAUUUGGCCUUGAUGACCUACCCAGGAAACACGGGACUUCUGGCAACAAAAAGUAAUGAAAAUGGAUGGACAACUGUUUAUGAGUAUGACCCCGAGGGACAUCUGACCAAUGCAACUUUUCCUACUGGAGAGGUCAGCAGCUUCCACAGUGACCUGGAGAAGCUGACAAAAGUGGCACUAGACACUUCCAACCGUGAAAAUGUCCUCAUGUCAACCAACUUGACAGCAACCAGUACUAUCUACAUUUUAAAGCAAGAAAACACUCAAAGUACCUAUCGGGUGAGUCCAGAUGGUUCACUACGUGUCACCUUUGCCAGUGGGAUGGAGAUCAGCCUCAGCUCAGAGCCCCACAUCCUGGCAGGAGCUGUCAACCCCACUCUCGGCAAAUGCAACAUUUCAUUGCCUGGAGAGCACAAUGCAAACCUCAUUGAGUGGAGACAGAGAAAGGAGCAAAACAAAGGCAAUGUUUCAGCUUUUGAGAGAAGACUGAGGGCCCACAACAGAAACCUACUUUCCAUUGAUUUUGAUCAUAUGACCCGCACGGGGAAGAUCUAUGAUGACCACCGAAAAUUCACCCUUCGAAUUCUUUAUGACCAGACUGGACGACCUAUUCUGUGGUCUCCUGUCAGCAGAUAUAAUGAAGUGAACAUCACAUAUUCACCUUCAGGAUUAGUCACCUUUAUUCAAAGAGGAACCUGGAAUGAAAAGACGGACUAUGACCAGAGUGGAAAAAUAAUCUCAAGAGCGUGGGCUGAUGGGAAAAUUUGGAGCUAUACUUACUUAGAAAAGUCUGUGAUGCUUCUCUUACACAGCCAGCGGCGUUACAUCUUUGAGUAUGACCAAUCAGAUUGUCUGCUGUCGGUCACCAUGCCUAGCAUGGUGCGCCACAGCUUACAAACCAUGCUUUCAGUGGGCUACUACCGUAAUAUCUACACUCCACCAGACAGUAGCACUUCUUUUAUCCAAGACUACAGUCGAGAUGGCCGACUUUUACAGACUCUGCAUCUAGGAACUGGGCGCAGAGUUCUAUACAAGUACACAAAGCAAGCAAGACUGUCUGAGAUUCUCUAUGACACCACUCAGGUUACGUUAACAUAUGAAGAAUCUUCUGGAGUGAUUAAGACAAUACACCUGAUGCAUGACGGAUUCAUCUGCACCAUCAGAUACAGGCAAACAGGACCUCUCAUUGGACGUCAAAUUUUCCGAUUCAGUGAAGAAGGUCUUGUGAAUGCACGGUUUGACUACAGUUAUAACAACUUUCGUGUCACCAGCAUGCAAGCUGUGAUCAAUGAGACCCCUUUGCCCAUAGAUUUGUACCGAUACGUUGAUGUUUCUGGUAGAACAGAACAGUUUGGAAAAUUCAGUGUAAUUAAUUAUGAUCUAAAUCAGGUUAUAACUACAACAGUGAUGAAGCACACCAAGAUCUUCAAUGCCAAUGGACAAGUCAUUGAGGUCCAAUACGAGAUCCUAAAGGCAAUUGCCUACUGGAUGACUAUUCAGUAUGAUAACAUGGGCCGGAUGGUCAUAUGUGAUAUAAGGGUAGGAGUAGAUGCCAAUAUCACAAGGUACUUCUAUGAAUAUGAUGCUGAUGGGCAACUUCAAACUGUUUCUGUGAAUGACAAAACCCAGUGGCGCUAUAGUUAUGAUCUGAACGGAAACAUCAACCUUUUGAGCCAUGGGAAUAGUGCUCGUCUUACUCCUCUCCGAUAUGACCUCCGAGACCGCAUCACUAGACUAGGGGAAAUUCAGUAUAAAAUGGAUGAAGAUGGUUUCCUGAGACAGAGGGGAAAUGAUAUAUUUGAGUAUAAUUCUAAUGGUCUGCUGCAGAAAGCCUACAAUAAAGUUUCUGGCUGGACUGUGCAGUAUUACUAUGAUGGACUGGGGCGGCGCGUUGCCAGUAAGUCCAGCCUAGGACAGCAUCUCCAAUUCUUUUAUGCAGACCUUGCCAACCCUAUAAGAGUUACUCAUCUGUACAACCACACAAGCUCAGAGAUUACAUCUCUUUAUUAUGAUCUCCAAGGUCACCUUAUUGCCAUGGAACUAAGCAGUGGUGAAGAAUAUUAUGUAGCCUGUGAUAAUACAGGCACUCCACUCGCUGUGUUCAGCAGUCGGGGUCAGGUCAUAAAAGAGAUUUUGUAUACACCUUAUGGUGACAUCUAUCACGAUACAUACCCUGACUUUGAGGUCGUCAUUGGUUUUCAUGGAGGACUCUAUGAUUUUCUUACUAAACUAGUGCAUCUAGGGCAAAGGGAUUAUGAUGUUGUUGCUGGCAGAUGGACAACGCCUAAUCAUCACAUAUGGAAACAGUUGAACCUUCUUCCUAAACCAUUCAACCUCUACUCCUUUGAGAAUAACUAUCCCGUUGGCAAAAUUCAAGACGUUGCAAAGUAUACCACAGACAUUGGCAGUUGGCUGGAGCUCUUUGGUUUCCAAUUACAUAACGUGCUACCUGGAUUCCCCAAACCAGAACUAGAAAACAUGGAAUUAACUUAUGAGCUUCUUCAGCUUCAGACAAAAACCCAAGAGUGGGAUCCUGGCAAGAUGAUCCUGGGCAUUCAGUGUGAGCUCCAGAAACAGCUCAGGAAUUUCAUUUCCUUGGAUCAGCUUCCUAUGACUCCUCAGUACAAUGAGGGGCGGUGCCUUGAAGGAGGGAAACAGCCAAGGUUUGCUGCUGUCCCUUCUGUCUUUGGCAAAGGUAUAAAAUUUGCCAUCAAGGAGGGCAUAGUGACAGCUGAUAUUAUAGGAGUAGCCAAUGAAGAUAGCAGGCGUCUUGCUGCCAUUCUCAACAAUGCUCAUUACCUGGAAAACCUGCAUUUUACCAUAGAAGGGAGGGACACUCACUACUUCAUUAAGCUCGGGUCUCUGGAGGAAGACCUGGUGCUCAUCGGUAACACUGGGGGGAGGCGGAUUCUGGAGAAUGGCGUUAAUGUCACUGUGUCUCAGAUGACGUCAGUGUUGAAUGGAAGGACUAGACGGUUUGCUGAUAUUCAACUGCAGCACGGAGCUCUGUGCUUCAAUAUCCGAUAUGGAACGACUGUCGAAGAGGAGAAGAACCACGUGUUGGAGAUGGCCAGACAGCGCGCAGUGGCCCAGGCCUGGACUCAGGAGCAGAGGAGGCUACAGGAAGGGGAAGAAGGGACUCGGGUAUGGACAGAGGGGGAAAAGCAACAGCUUUUGGGCACCGGGAGGGUGCAAGGAUAUGAUGGGUAUUUUGUCUUGUCUGUUGAGCAGUAUUUAGAACUUUCAGACAGUGCCAACAAUAUUCAUUUCAUGAGACAGAGUGAAAUAGGCAGGAGGUAACAAAAGAAAACUCUGCCUUUGCGUCACCAAAGACUGCCUGUUUUUAAAACAAAACAAAACAAAACAAAAAAAAGGUUUAUUGUAUUGGUUUUCUAGAUCAGAACUCUGUAUAUGUAAAUAUGGAGGAAAAACAUAUCCAACUGCCUUUCAAUGUGACAGAAGAUGGUAUUUUAAUAUUGUUUGUUUAAACUUUAAGAAAUGACAGAGAUUUUUAGUUCUCGUGUGGCAGUAUUCAAAAGAACACAAGCUGAACACAAACAGCUAACACAAAUGUUUUCAGACGCACCACUCUCAAUUUAUUGAGCCAUGCCUCUGUUCAACUACAUAAAAAGAACCCAUGGCUCUCGAUUUCUAUUGCGACACCAAGUUUCACAUCCAAUUCAUUGGCAGAACUUCCAGGCUCCUUAAAAACCGUGGUGCACCAGUGUCUAAAUCUUGCAUCUCAAAAGACUGCCAGCCCCCUUACAUUGUCCAGAUCUGUUCUAGGAAACUUCAAAAGAAAUCAAAAAUGUCUUCAAGCACCAUCUCCUGGAGUCAGAAACCCGUUUUCCCUCCUUUCCUGAUUUUUCCUCCUUGCCUGUUAAACAGUAAAUGCCAUGUUGUUGUGCUGUGUUUUGGCGUGUGGUGGCUGGCUUCGGCAAUGCCUUGCUGUGGGCACAGUAAGCAGGCUGAAGGGCCACUGAUUUGCUUGUGUGUACGUGGUACCAAAGCAGCUGGUCAAUGUGACCUCGCUCACAUAACCUGUUUUGACUCAAUUUCUUCUCCAUUUGCCCAGCUGUAUUGGCCUCAUGUAAACAUAGCUUUUAUUAACUGGGAUAGGAAUUUCUCAUUUAUAUAUAGGAUGUGCUUUGGUCAUAGUUUCACAUUAGUAAUUCAGUAUUUAUACACUAAUUCAAUGGUUUGUGCACAAGAAAGGUAAUAUACUAAAACGGAUGGUUCUGGUACAAGAAAAGAGGCUUUAACAGGUCUAUGUGCCUGUGAUGCUGAGAAACAUAUUAGCUACUGCUGCAGAAAUUCCUACGAGCCAAAACCGUAGAAACAAUAGACCUUGCAUUACAGUGACAAUGAGAUGAAAGCCAACAUAACAAUAGUUGCUGCCUCAUCAUUUCCUCCCACUUAGAGUCAUCUUUCAAAUGUACAAUUGUGUAUUGAAUCUCUCCCAGCCAUAUGCAGAAAAUUGAAUUAAGUGAAUCCUUCCAAACAUAAAGCAUUUCAUCUAAUUACUGAGGGGCAAACUAGUUUUUCACCAAUGUCAUUUAUGUGGUUAUUUUAGUUCUCUGUGCUUAAUCCACGUAUGUUUGUUUAAUAAUUUUUCCACCUAGGAAAAUAAAUAUUUUCAGGAGGGAUUGUUUGUUCCACGAUCACUUAAAAUUUAGAGAAAUGUCGGGGUUAAUAUUAAUAUCUGCUGCAGUCUUCUCAGUCUCUUAUGAAUCCUGCAGUAAAAGAAGCCACUUGGUGAGCUGAGAGAUUUGUGCCCAUUGACAAAGAGGCAGUUUAUAAAAUGCUGUGUAAUUGCAAGUUGCCGCAAAUGAAAAUUCAUGACAGCACAGUGUGCCCAGUAGAAAAUUCCAAGGAGCCAGCUUCUCCCCUCGCAUCUCCCGAGGAACAUUUGCUAUGUGUGGAGGAGAAUUUAGAUUCUUUCCAGCUACUACCUAAAUACAAUAUGGGGCCAUUGUCCUGCUUGUAAAGACAGUGGCAUUGAAAAUAUGCAAAGUCAGAAUCCAGGCUCAUGUUAAGAAUUUUUUUAAAAGAAUCUGACUCUCAUUAUACAAAGAAUGAGGGAGAGGGACCCCGGCAAACAGUAGGGAGGGUGGAUUGAAAUAUUUCAUUGUUAAAACCUUCAGGUUCAGAACAUCAGAUCCAUGCGGUGAGAAAGGGAAGGGAGAGACAGAAAGAAUGCAGGAUGACCUCAUUGUUUAUCUUUGUAAUUGGAAGCACACCAGCUCAAGAUAUUGCUAAUCCAGACUAAAAUCCCAGUACAGGGCUUUCCCCGAAUCAGGCUUUUGCCCUCAGUACAGUACUCACCAUGGAAUAUUGAAAAGUUUCACAAACAUGUUGAAAAUUUGAAUACCUCCACACCAACCUAAAAAUAGAUCUUAAGUUCCUAGAACCUCUGACAUUCUUUUAAGUCAAUGAGAAAACCAUUCGUUAACUGUAUAUAAAAGUGCAUACUUAAACGUGGUGUAUUUGUAUCACUAACCCAAUGUGUCAAUCUUGGAGUCUAUUUUGCUUCUAUUUUAAGUGAUUGCACUCUUUUGCAACUCACUAGUGAUGUAUCAUUUUCAAACCAAUUUAAAUAUCCAUUAGAAAGAACUAUUUGGAGCUAUUCCUUCAUAGUAAUUACCUUGAACUGUGCAAUUCUAGUUUGUAAUAUGUAUUUAGUUAGUUUGUGCCUUUGGUUACCUAAAGUUAUAUUUGUAUUAUAUUCAGGAAAUGCACUUUUUAUCACUUACAACUGUGGUUUUAAUACUGCCUUGAAAUAUUACUGUUCUCUUUACAACUCCUAAAGUUUUGAGGAGGAAAAGAAAAACCAAAAGGUUUUUAGCACUAACAAGUUGCAAAUCUAAGAGAAACAUUUUGGCAUUUCAUAAAAAGAACAUGGAAAUAUUACGUUUAUUGCUUCCUGUUGGCAGGGGAGGAAGGAUGCUUUCACUGAGCUUUAGUUCUGAAGUUUGAAUGAGAGGACAAAUCAUUUGUGUUUCCUGAUGACAGUGCAGCUUUGAAGGGAAAAUGCAUGAAAUUUCUCACACACAAAAGGCAGGGGGCUCACACGACACAGCUACAUAGCACUCAAGCAGGUUAAAGUGAGAAGAUAGUAUUGGAUGCUCCUGUGAGGAAGGUUCUGGAAGGGAUACAGGAAAUACUCUGAUUGCUUCCUUUCCUUAGGCCCAUUUCAUUGGUGUGUUUUUGGUUUUAACUUGUUUUACCAUUGCACUCUAGAGAUCCAAAGGAGCUAAAAAUUCAAAGUUUAAGAGGUAUUUAAAUACAGCUAUUUUUAGUUGUCAAUCCAAUCGCUGUUGAUGAGAAGCAUGAUUCUGGAAGGAAAGAGAAAUAAAGCUCAAUUCAUUCUUUCACACUUGCCAUAGAAAUAAGUAUAUGUUUUAUUUUUUAACCCAGCAAAAUAAUGUAUAAAAUAAGGAUGCCAUUUAUUCUCAAGCCACCUAGAAGUUCUAUAAUAUAUAGACUACAUAUAUAUGAAAUAAUAUAUACAACAUAGCCAAAUAUAUGAACACUUGACAAUGUAUAAUUUGAAAUUCACCUACUCCCUACAUAAAGAGGUAUAACAUUCCAUUACAACUUUCAUUAGAAUUUAAUUUCCAUCACUUAUUUCUACAUUUCUUUUUUCUCUUCCUUUCCCACGAGACCUGUUCCCACAGUAAUUUUACCAGAGAGUCCAGGCAAAGUUUUUGCAUUUCUGCAGAUUUGUUUCUUUUAAGGGCAAUUUAGUUGAAUUGCAAUGAAAAGCAGAAGUAUAAUCAUCAAGUAUCAAGAAAAACUGGAUGGAAUGAAGUGUAUUAUAGCUUGUAGGGAACCGUGUGGCUAUAGAUUGGAUGCACCAUUCUUGUUUUCUUGGAGGAACUCACAUAUACAUAGCGACCUGCCUAAUACUUCAGAUCUCAGACUGCUCUUCCACAGCCUUCUGUAAGGUUCUUUAGUCUGCAAAGAAAACAAAACAAAUAAAAAAAGAGCAAAAGAACAAAAACAGAAAAAAAAUGAAAAACAAAACAAAACAAAAAACAGUGAUAAUUCAAACACAAAACAGUGACUUAUUUCAGUGUGUCCUUUGUGUGAAAGCUGUUAAGGACCAAAUAUACUACUGUGUGUAAGAAGAAAUCGCUCCCUAACCAGUAAUUGAACAUACUUAGAGUUAAACUUGCUGUGGAUUUUGUCUUGGCAGUUGUCAUCUUAACAUUAUUUGUCAAAGGAAAUGUGUUUGGCAGUUAAAAAAAAAUCUUUCCUUAGAUUUAGUGGUGGACUUUAACCUCUUAAAUAAAUGUUAGUAUAUCAGAUUGUGUCCUUGAAAACUAUUUUACGUGUAUGAAUCAUGACAGUGUCUAAAUCUUUACUGUUCUUCUGGCAAAAGCAUCAGUAAGAGAAAAGGCGAAAAGGAGAAGUCCAGCUUUUCUGUCAGAAAAGGACUCUUUUUAGCUGCUUCCUUUCUCAUGAAAAGUAAAGAUGUUUACAGUGUAUGCCAAGAUUUUCAGUUUCUAUGUAACAACAGUUAGAGGUUCUAAUCAUACUGAAAAUUGUGUUAUAAUGGCCUCAGCCGUGUUGCUAGGAAACAAUAGGUUCCAAUUUUGUACUCCUGCUCUCCUGUGCUGAAAAGUGACUGGAUACUGUACAGGUUCCUGUUCUCUGGCUGCAGUUCCAUGGUCUUUUGCAUUUGGCUCUGGCUUUCAGGCCAGAAGCAUGCAUUUUUCUUUUCUACAAGAGCAUCACAACAACAUGCUGUAAAUAUUUAAAGGUAAACAUUAUGUGUCAAUAUUUGAAAGAAAAGUACUUUGAAUAUUUCAUUUUUAAAAAAUAAAAUCGCAAAUGAA